AUGAAGGUUGUUCUUGUGAGCGGCGGAGUUAUCUCUGGUGUCGGCAAAGGCAUUAUCGCCAGUAGCGCUGGUCUUCUUCUCAAGACUCUUGGUCUUCGAGUCACGGCGAUCAAAACCGAUCCUUAUAUCAACACCGACGCUGGUCUUCUCAACCCUCUUGAGCACGGCGAGUGCUUCGUUCUCGACGAUGGCGGCGAGACCGAUCUCGAUCUUGGAAACUACGAGCGAUACCUUGGCAUCCAAUUGAGCCGUGACAGCAACAUCACUACCGGCAAGAUCUACCAGCAGGUCAUUGAGAAGGAGAGACGUGGAGACUACUUGGGAAAGACUGUUCAGGUCGUCCCCCACAUCACAGAUGCCAUUCAGAACUGGAUUGAGCGCGUUGCCAAGAUUCCAGUUGACGCUUCUGGUGAAUCGCCAGAUGUUUGCAUCAUCGAACUUGGCGGAACAAUUGGCGAUCUCGAAUCCGGUCCUUUCGUUGAGGCCCUUUCACAAUUGCGACACAGACUCGGCCGCGACAACUUCCUCAGCAUCAGCGUUUCCUACGUCCCUAUCAUCAAUGGAGAGGAGAAGACAAAGCCCACUCAGCAUGCCAUCCGACAAGUUCGAAGCGCUGGUCUGAUCCCCGAUGUGAUUGCCUGCCGCUGCGAACGAGAACUCGACAUCGCUACCAUCACAAAGAUCGCCCGAAGCUGCCAAGUCGAAGACGAGCAGGUCAUUGGCGUCCGCAACAUGGACACCAUCUACCAGGUCCCUCUCCUCCUCGAGCAGGAGGGUCUUCUUAAGCUUCUUCGCAAGGGUCUCGCCCUCGAGAAGCUUGAGGUUGCUCCUCCCAUGGCUCAAAAGGGCCAAGCUCUUUGGGACCUCUGGAAGAAGACCGUUGUCCCCGAUCGACACCUCGAACCCGUCAACAUUGUCUUGGUUGGCAAGUACGUCAGCCUUGACGACUCGUAUCUCAGUGUUCACAAGGCACUCGAGCACUCUGCUAUGCGAUGCAAGCGCAAGCUGAACCUCAUCUCCGUCGAUUCCGAGCACCUCGAACCCGAUAUGCAGCAGAAAGAUCCUAGAAAGUUCCACGAGGCUUGGGCUCAUGUUGUUCGAGCUCAGGGUAUCAUUGUUCCUGGUGGUUUCGGUACUCGAGGUAUCCGUGGUAUGGUUGACGUCGCCAAGUGGGCUCGUGAGCGAAAGCUCCCCUAUCUCGGUAUCUGCUUGGGUAUGCAGACUGCAGUCAUUGAGUACGCUCGCAACGUGAUGGGACUUAAGGAUGCGACAUCCGAGGAGUUUUCUGCUACCGCUGAGCACAAGGUUGUCAUCUUCAUGCCUGAGGGCUCCAAGGAGAAAAUGGGUGGCACCAUGCGACUUGGUAGCCGAACAUCCCACUUCAAGCCUGGCACCGAAUGGAGCAAGCUCCGAGGUCUGUACGGAGGAGCCGAUGUUGUAGAGGAGCGUCACCGACAUCGCUAUGAGGUGAACCCCGACUACAUUGAGGAUCUCGAGAAGGCUGGUCUUUCCUUGACCUCAAUGGAUGACCUCGGUGUCCGAGUUGAGACCAUUGAGUUGAAGGAUCAUCCCUUCUUUGUUGGUCUCCAGGCUCAUCCUGAGUACAAGUCGAAGACCUUGGCCCCCGCGCCUUCGCUGCUCGGACUUGUCGCCGCCAGCUCUGGAUGCCUCGACGAGAUCAUCGAGGCCGCUCGCGUGAAGAAGGAGGCCACCAACGGAUCACAGAAGCUCAUGGAAAAAGAAGGGAUACCCAUUCCAAUGGGUGAGCUUGUUAAGUCAAAGCGAGCUGGACAGGUGAUGAUGGAUCGUAUAGCAGACGGAGCAAACCACAGGGAUCUGACAAUCCCGGUAUAUAUGGAAAAGGUUGUGGAACCUGAAGAGAAGUGGCGUCUCACCAUGGCUGUUGACCGAGAGAGAUAUCGACCGAUAAUCAAGAUUCGAGAUGCCAAGAGUCACAAGGGCCUUCCCAAUGUUAUAUACGAGUCUGCGUUUCAGGAAGUGUUCGAGUUCAGUCUGAGCACCGGCAUCACUGAGGAGUUACUCACCGACAUAGCGCAGAGCUUCCAUCUGGGCAAGGCCUCAAAGGAAAGCUUGAGAGAAGUCAUCCAACGCCUUUUCAACAUCUUUCGAGACAAGGAAGCGCUCAGUCUGGAAACAGAUCUAUUGUUUCUCAAAGAUGGAACGUUUAUGUGUAACAACUCGGAUUUCUUCUUUGACGACGCUGCGUGGUCGCGACAACAAAAGCUUUUUUCUCUGAGGGAUAAGGGACAGGAGAUCCGGGAAGAAGUGCGAGCUGAAAAGCACGGGCUGGUGUAUGUUCAUAUGAAUGGGAAUAUUGGAAAUGUGGUUAACGGUGCGGGACUUGCGAUGGCGACGAAUGAUGCGAUUAGUCUGUAUGGUGGUUCGAGUGCGAACUUUCUUGAUGCUGGGGGUCAAGCUACCAAGGAGACGAUGCUGCAGGCCUUCAAGAUCAUCAUGUCUGACAAGCGAGUCAAGGCGAUUCUGGUCAACAUUUACGGAGGAAUCACAAGAUGCGACAUGAUUGCAGAGUCCAUCAUCGCAGCAGCAAGCGAGCUGGGUCCUUUGAAAGUUCCUAUGGUAGUCAGGUUACAGGGAACGAACUCGGAGGCUGGACUGCAGCUGCUCAAAGAUGCUACUUUGGAUAUCCACGUUGAGGCAGACUUCGGAAAGGCGGCUCAGGAGGCAGUCAGGUUGGCUGACAUAGGCGAGAAAGCUGAGAAGCUCCGGAUGAAGCGCCAGAGUAUUCCUGAGCUUUAA